UUCAUGCUGUCAUCCCCUGCCUUGCCCUCCAAAGCACAGGUCACAACCCCUUCAACUGCAAGUCCAUAAAAACCUUAAGCAAAAUAACUCCGAGCUUUGAGAACCAUGCUUCCAGGUGAGAUCAUUUCAGGACUCCACUACUUUGAACCUGAAAUCCCACUUCCAAAUCCCUCUGACUUUGCCUUCAUGCAGAACCAAAUUCCCUCCCUCCAUUUCAACACUUCGUUCAACAACUUAUCCCGUCAAAUCGCUCCUCCUAUAGGCCAUGACUUCACUCAACAAUCCUCCAGCCUCAGCAACAACUCCAGCACCUCUGACGACGCCGAAGAACACCACCACCUCAGAGUCAUCGACGAGAGGAAGCAUAGGAGAAUGAUAUCCAACAGAGAAUCAGCCCGUAGAUCGCGGAUGAGGAAGCAGAAGCACCUCGACGAGCUCUGGUCGCAGGUGGUCCGGCUGAGGAAUGAGAACCACAGCCUGAUAGACAGGUUGAACAACCUUUCGGAGUCCCACGACAUGGUUGUGGAGGAGAAUGCUCGGCUCAAGGAAGAAGCUUGUGACCUUCGCCAAAUGCUCACAAACCUGCAGAUUGGCAGCCCUUACAAUAUAAAUGCUUCUACCUUCAGAGAGCUGGAGGGAGAGGUGCCCUGCAACACGGCUCAUCUCAGAGCCGAGUCAUCGAACCAAUCCAUCGCUGCAUCGGCCGAUUUGCUCCAUUAAGAUAGAUGAGGAUCACUGUUAUCCUGCCAUUGUAACUUAGCCUACUUUAUGUCCCUUUUGUUUACUCUAAAAGCUUUCAGUGUUUUUUAUCCUUCAAAGCACUUAGCCACCAUCUUAUCUCAACUUGGCUAAUAGAGUAGUUUUUAUCAUAUUAAAGUCGAUGCACGCGAACUUGACGAGAGAGAUAGAGAGAAGAGGAUGUAUUAUAUAUCGCUGGUUACAAGCAAGAGUUUGCGCUUCUCGCCGCGUACACAUCUGUAAAACGUACUUGCAGGUCGUAAUUAUUGAAAUGAUUUUUCUUUGUAGCCCAUCAAAGAAUUAUCAAACACUGAAUCAUUC